GGCCGCGCGGUUGCCCUCUUAGUCCGCCCUCUGUCUCCCUGUUAGGGAACCUGAACCCCGAUUCUGGCGGGUAGCUGACCUCCCCUCCCCGCCCAAGGGUGGCCACAGAGCAGCUGGGAGGGAGCUCUGCUCCUCAAGUGGAUUUUGGCCAAAUUGGGCGAGGGUACAAUAUUACCACUUACCCCUUCUCACCGAGGAAGAGCGGGAGAAAGGGUAAGCAUGGCACAGUCACAAGGCUGGGUGAGAAGAUGCUUCAAGGCCUUCUGUAAAGGCUUCUUCGUGGCAGUGCCUGUGGCGGUCACGUUCCUGGAUCGGGUAGCCUGCGUGGCUCGAGUAGAAGGAGCCUCUAUGCAGCCUUCUUUGAAUCCUGGGGGAAGCCAGUCCUCAGAUGUGGUGCUUUUGAACCAUUGGAAAGUGAGAAAUUUUGAAGUACAGCGUGGUGACAUUGUUUCUUUGGUGUCUCCUAAAAACCCAGAACAGAAAAUCAUUAAGAGAGUGAUCGCUCUUGAAGGAGAUAUUAUAAGAACCAUUGGACACAAAAACCGCUUGGUCAAAGUCCCCCGUGGUCACAUGUGGGUUGAAGGCGAUCAUCAUGGACACAGUUUUGAUAGUAAUUCUUUUGGACCGGUUUCUCUGGGACUUCUGCAUGCCCAUGCCACACAUAUCUUGUGGCCUCCAGAGCGCUGGCAGAGAUUAGAAUCUGUUCUUCCACCAGAGCGCUUCCCAAUCCACACUGGAGAGGAGUAACUGCACCGAGGCCCAUCAUAGGAGGGGCUGCAGACACCAGAAGCCUCCUGCCAAAGGAAGAUGCUCCACUGUUGCUGAGCAAGAGACCUCUCUAUGUCUUUAAGGUGCUCUGGAAUUUUCAAGAAAGAUUUUCAAUAUUAAACAGUACUAAAUGACACCCGAUUGUGUGUUUUAUUUAAUCGCAUAUUGUUUAUCACCAAAACUAUGCAAGCUUUGGAGAGCCUGAAAGCAUUCUGCCUGUGUACACAAAGGAGGGCAAUUGGGG